AUGAAGUUUUCCACUCUUGCUCUGGCCGCAAUGGCCGCCAUUGGCUUUGCCGCCCCCGCCACUCCCGACGCUGACUGCAACGAGGAGAAGGAGGUCCGAGACUUCCACGCUCACCACCAGCACAAGCGAGCUGUGCAGGUCGAGUACGUCUACGUCACUGUCCUUGUUGACGGUAACGGAAACACCAUUGAGCAGCAGCAGAUUGCCACCACCGAGCUCCAGGAGGCUCCCUCCCCUGCUCCCGCUACCUCCACCCAGGAGGCUGCUCCCGCUCCUUCCAGCACCCUUGUUGCUGCUUUUGCCGCCAAGGAGCCCGUCACCCAGGAGGCUUCUUCUGCCGCUUCUUCCGCCGCUCCUUCCUCCACCUCUGCCCCUAAGUCUUCUUCUGCUCCUUCCAAGCCUUCCAACGGAGGCUCCGGAGGCAUCACUGGUGACCUCGCUGCCUUCUCUGGUCCUUCCGAGAAGUUCCAGGACGGUACCAUUGACUGUGGAGAUUUCCCCUCCGGCCAGGGUGUCAUUGCCCUGAACCAGCUUGGCUUCGGCGGCUGGUCCGGUAUCUACCACCCCGGUUCCACUGCCACCGGUGGCAACUGUGCCGAGGGUGCUUACUGCUCUUACGCUUGCCAGUCUGGUAUGUCCAAGACCCAGUGGCCUGAUGAGCAGCCCGCCAACGGUGUUUCCGUUGGUGGUCUUCUCUGCAAGGGCGGUAAGCUUUACCGAUCCAACCAGCAGUCUGACUACCUCUGCGAGUGGGGCACCCAGUCCGCCAUUGUGACCUCUUCUCUCGAUAAGGAGGUUGCUAUCUGCCGAACCGAUUACCCCGGUACCGAGAACAUGGUUAUCCCCACUGUCGUUGAGGCCGGUUCCUCCGGUGUUCCUCUUGCCGUCGUCAACCAGGAUGCUUACUACACCUGGAUGGGCAAGCCUACCUCCGCUCAGUACUACGUCAACAACGCUGGUGUUUCUUACCAGGAUGGCUGUCUCUGGGGUACUUCUUCCGGUGAUGUCGGUAACUGGGCUCCUCUGAACUUCGGUGCUGGCGCUGCCGGCGGUAUCUCUUACCUUUCCAUCAUUCCUAACCCCAACAACCGAAACUCCGCUAACUUCAACGUUGAGAUCAUCGCUACUAACGGUGCUACUGUCAACGGUAAGUGUGUCUACGAGAACGGUAAGUACAACGGUGGUGACUCCAACGGUUGCACUGUUGCUGUUACCGGCGGUGUUGCUGCCUUCCACCUUUACUAA